UUGAGAUGAUGCAGGUGCGCUUGUUGAAUCACCAAUAUUAUGAGAAGAGUAACUUUACAAACAAUGCAUAAAUGAUUAUGUAUCUUGAUUAAUUUUCAGAUUGAAAGAAAUACAUCCAAAUACAGGAUGCUAUGGAGAUCGAAAUUUCCAUUUGUCAAGAACGCCAGCAGCCUUGCUGAGUCAGAGUUGUCUGAAGUAAGGUCCGAAUUAAAUUGUUCAGAAUCCUUAUCAUUCUACAGAAAUGGAACAUAUCUGGAAUCGAACAGUUCCAUCGCAAUCAUCGGAACAAAUGAAGUUUACCACGUGGACCAGUUCCUUCAGGAUGACUCUGGAAUUUUUGUGUGCGAGAAAGAGGCAUGGUUUGACUUAUACGACAUCCGGGUAAUGUCAACGAUUGUAACGUUUACAAUUUCUGUCACAUGCCUUAUUGUAGCCUUUCUAAUCCACAUAUGUACAAAGACUUUCCACUCCACACAUGACAGGUGCAUGAUGUCAUUCUCGGUGGCGCUGUUUCUCGCUCAGACCGCUUCAUUAGUCCCUCACAUCACCUCAAAUUUCUGUAAAGCUAACGCCAUUCUUCUCCAUUACCUGUGGCUCUGCGUGUUUAACUGGACAAGUGUCAUGGCGUUUGAUUUGGCCUACACGUUCAGCGUCUGCCGGAUAUCUGUUUUGAGAUCCAACGUCAGUAAAGCAUUCUUCAAAAAGUACUCGCUUUUUGGCUGGCUCCUACCACUGGCAAUCGUUCUGGUCUGUGUUCUUUUAGAUCUCUUUGACCCUUCUGUGGAGUUUGGAUACGGUUCAAAAGGACAUUGUUGGAUUACAAACAAGACUGCUGUGUACAUCAGCACGACCACUCCUGUUGUGAUCUGUCUCAUUUUUAAUUUCAUCUGCAUAGGAGUAUCGGUGUUUGGAAUAGAACAACUGAAAAAGCGAUCUCUGGAAGUUCAGAAGAAUAAAAAAGACUCUACCAGAUGCACUAUAUAUCUCCAAAUCUCAGUCAUGCUUGGAGUAACAUGGGUCUUGGCAUUUAUCGUUAUAGCUUUUCCGUACCUAUGGUUACAAGUGACACACAACAUUAUCAAUGGUUGUCAAGGUGUUUAUGUUUUGGCGAUGACGUUGAAACACCCAAAAGUUGUGAAAGGUGUGUCCAGAAGAUUUCAGAAAUACAAACUCUCGUACAGCAAAACAAAAUCCACGACUGUUUCUACAUUAGCGAUCAACAAACUCAACACAACACUAAGUUAUCGACACUCCGUCUAAAGUGGCGUUUUUAUAUUGAAACUUUGUUCAAAUAAAAGAAAACGUGGUGCUAUCAGUGACGUCAUAUCCGUGCGAUUUAAUCUUUAUAGUUUUAUAUUCAUGCUGGUCACUUUAUGCAACAUAACCAAGAUGGAAUUUUCUUGUAAACGUGUUACAUUAAUGUAAAUUAAUAUCUUCAAGGCGACAUAUUUCAUGAGAACUUGACUGAGAGAACAAUACUGACAUCGUUGUCAAGGUUGUAAUUAUCAAGUAAUAAAUAACCUCGUUUUGAACAACAUUAUUUGAUAAAUUGUUUUUUCCAUUAAAAAUAUUGAUUUUAAAAAGAUAUCCCCAAUGG